GACUGGCCCUUUAAGGUUCUUAUUCAGAUUGUCUCAUGGUGUGUUGUUCUUUCCUAUUUUCAGGAAAAAAACAAUUCAGACAGUGAAUAUAAUAUCAAGAACUUGCAGCUCAGCAUUCUUAAUCUGAUUCUUGCUGGAUCGGAGACAGGGAGUUGCACCCUGAAAUAUGGCUUCUUGUUUCUGACGAAAUAUCCUGAAGUGCAAGCAAAAGUGCAUGAAGAAAUUGAUCGAGUGAUUGGCCAUGAUCGUGUCCCAAACACUGAAGACCGGAGGCAGAUGCCCUAUACAGAUGCCGUUAUCCACGAAGUGCAGAGAUGCAGUGAUGUUCUUCCUAUGAGUGUGGCCCAUAUGGUUACUUGUGACACUGAGUUCCGAGGAUAUCUAAUCCCUAAGGUACAAGAGGAUGUUUUUUAAAAAAAGAAAGUUCAACCAUAAAUCACAAGAAAAGUUAU